AUGGAGUGGACUAUUGGUUCAAGAAUCAAAACAAGGAACCAGCAGCGUCUUGAAGAAGUGAAGAAGAGGAAACCAGUAGAGGAAGAGGCGGCUCCUGUGUCUUCUCACAGGAAACGAAAGAAGAAAAGAAGACGAAGGGACCAUGACUCAGACAUUGAAGACAUCACUGAUACUUACAACAAAAACGUCUCUGCUGCAGAUAAUGUAUCUCACAACAACAUCUCCUCCUCUGAUGGUGAUGGUGGUGUAAGAAGAAGAAGGAGAAGACGAAAGGACCAUGACUCUGACAUUGAAGACAUCACCGAGACUUACAACAAGGAUCAUCUUCAUCAUGACUCCGACCUUGUAGAUGUCACGGUGAAUCUCGCUCCUGAAGUAGCUGAAAAGGACAAUCUACCUAGUGGUGCCGAGGUAACUGAGUCUGAACAGAAUGUGGAAGAAGAUUUGUUUAGGGUUAGGGUUGUGGAAGUAGACAUGUCAGUUCCAGGCUCCUCUGGGUUGAGUAUUAAGGAGAAGUUGUCUGAUACGGUUUUGGAUUUGGAUGUGGGUAAAACAGUUCCUACCUCUCCCGGGUUAGGUGUUGCUGAGAAGUUUUGUGAAGACGAGAAUCUUGAUUUGGAUGUGGUCAAGUCAGCUCCAGACUCCUCUGGGUUGGGUGUUAAGGAGAAGUUGUGUGAAGAUGAGAAUCAUGAUUUAGAUGUGGUUAAGUUAGCUCCAAACUCCUCUGGGUUAGGUGUUAAGGAGAAGUUGUGUGAAGAUGAGAAUCAUGAUUUGGAUGUGGUUAAGUCAGCUCCAAACUCCUCUGGGUUAGGUGUUAAAGAGAAGUUGUGUGAAGAUGAGAAUCUUGAUUUGGAUGUGGUAAAGACAGCUCCAAACUCCUCUGGGUUAGGUGUUAAGGAGAACUUGUGUGAAGAUGAGAAUCUUGAUUUGGAUGUGGUCAAGACAGCUCCUAGCUCCUCUGGGUUAAGUGUAAAGGAGAAGUUGUCUGAUGAGGUUUUGGAUUUAGAUGUGGUAAAGUCAGUUCCGAGCUCCUCUGAGUCAAGUAUUAAGCAGAAGUUGUUUGAUGAGAUUAUGGAUGUGAUUAAAUCAGCUGCCAGCUCAUCAGGUUUAAGUGUUAAGGAGAAGUUGUCUGAAGAGAUGAUUUUGGAUGUGGAUGUGGUCAAACCAGUUCCAAAGUUGUCUGAUGAGAUUGUGGAUGUGGAUGUGGUCAAGUCUGUUCCAAGCUCCUCGGGGUCAAGUAACAAGGAGAAUGAUGAGAGUUUGAAUUCGGAUGUGGUCAAAUCUGUUACGAGCUCCUCAGGGUUAAGACACGGUGCAAAAGAGAACACGGACAAGUGUUCCUCUGAGACUAGAGGAGUGGGAGUGGUAAAACCAGUUCCAGCUGAGAUAGAGAUAAUUUCAGAUUCUGAGUCUGAAACCGAAGUGAGACAUUCAGCCAAGAAGAAGCUUUCUUUUGCGGAGUGUAGCAGAGUUUUAGACACUUCCAGUGAAAGCAGCGAGGAAGAAGGAGCUACUAACACUAAAGAUGAUGUAACUGUGGAGUCUUUGUCAUCUUCAUCAUCGUCUUCUUCAUCUUCAGCUUCAUCUUCCUCUUCCUCCUCUUCUUCUAGUGAAGAUGAAAUCAGUUCAAAGGAGGUAGUUGGAGAAUCAGAUGAUGAUGAUGAUGAUGUCAGAAAGCGUAGUUCACCAAUUAGGAAAGUGUCUAAAGUGGGAAGGAAGCCUUUGGGAAGGUUUAAAAGGGCUGGUCCAAGCUUAAUCAAGCCUCAGUUUCAAAAGAUUCAGAAACUAAACCAUCCAGAAGAAGAAGAAGAAGAUAGAUUUCAAGCCAAGCCUAUAAAAGAGUUCAAAAGGAUUCAGAAGCUUAAACUUCAAGAAGAAGAAGAAGAAAGAUCCCAAGCCAAGCCUAGAAAAGAGGACAAGACGUUUCAGAAGUUUAACCACCGAGAAGAAGAAGAUAGGUUUCAAUUCAAGCCUAGAAAUGAGGACACGAGGAUUCAGAAGUUCCACUGUCCAGAAGAAGAACAACAACACAAAGAAGUUGAAAGAGUAAAAAAACAGAAUAGCAAUGUGGUGUUCACUUGUGAACACUGUGGCAAAGAGAAUACAGGAAUGCUUGAUUCAGACAACUCUUUCAUCAGACCACAUGCUAUUACAAGAGGUGAAGAUGAUGAUAAUGAUCUGAACAACUUUGUCUCUCCUAAUGAUCUGAACACUGAGAAAGCGCCUGAGAAGCCAUCCACAUCCAGACCUGAAACUGAGAAUCCAAAGGCAGUGAAAGAAGUGAUACCACCUGCGAGGCUAUUCACAUCCAUACCUGAAACUGUGAAAGAAAAAGAGAUCCAGGCUCCUGAAAUGCCGCCAAGACCUGAAGUACAGUUUUCACUGAAAACAAGGAUGCCUGUUACAGUUCCAGAAGUGUUAAACACGCCUGCUUUGGUGAAUGAGCCAAUGGAUAAUGAGUCUGCUUCUUCUAUCAGCUCAGGAGAUGAAUCUGGAUAUGACUCUGAGCCUUCACAAAAGGAGAAAGAAGCCGUCAAGUCUAAUAGCAACGCAGGUGGGUGGAGAAUGUUGGAUGGGAGCCGUAAAGAAGUUGAUCUGUUCAGGCUUCUUGUGAACUCUGUUAGGGAGAAUGAUCGUUUAGGCGAAGAAGAAGAUGAUGUAGACGUACUGGUUUCCUCACCUGAAGACCAAGCUGAAGAACAAGAGGAAAGAAGAUGUGAUGAUGAUGGAUGGCUAAUCAUUAGGCCACCACCAUUGAUAGAGAAUUUUGGUGUGGAGGAACCUCAAGCACCACCUGUGCUCUCUGAGGCUCAGAUAGAGGAAGAGAAGAUGUGGGAAGAGUUGGCGUUUUACACUAAAGCAAACGAAGAUGAUCUCCAGCUUCAUUCAGAGAUUGAGAAAGAGAUUGAUGAUAGUCCUGCAGCAGCUUGUAGAAAAGGGAAUCAUGACUUGUGUCUAGAUCUAGAGAUCGGUAUGAAAUGUAUACACUGCAGUGUUGUGGUGAGAGAGAUCAGAGGCCUAGAUAUAUCUGAAUGGGGAGAGAGGAACACAAGUGGGAGGAGAAAGACUGAUAGAUCAGAAGAGGAAGGAAACAGCAACAACAUCAUUGGGAACCUUGAGUUUGAAGCUAACGGCAAGAACAGCUUAAAAGAAGGAUGUGUUUCCACUGAAGGGACUGUUUGGGACAAGAUCCCAGGUGUUAAAUCUCAGAUGUACCCUCACCAACAAGAAGGGUUUGAGUUUAUCUGGAGGAACUUGGCUGGUACUAUUAUGUUGAACGAGCUCAAGGACUUUGAGAACAGUGAAGAGACAGGAGGAUGCAUCAUGUCACACGCUCCAGGGACAGGGAAAACUCGUCUCACCAUCAUUUUCCUUCAAGCCUAUUUAGAAUGCUUCCCUAACUGCAAACCAGUGAUCAUUGCUCCUGCAAGCUUGCUUCUCACAUGGGCGGAGGAGUUCAAGAAAUGGAACAUAAGCAUUCCUUUCCAUAAUCUAAGCAGCUUGGAGUUUACUGGAAGAGAGAACUCAGCUGCUUCCAAGCUUCUGAUGCAGAAGAAUUCUAGUGCUAGAAGCAUGAAUGAGAUAAGGAUGGUGAAGAUAUACUCUUGGAUAAAAUCAAAGAGCAUACUUGGGAUCAGUUACAAUCUCUAUGAGAAGCUUGCAGGAGUUAAGGACGAGGAUAAAAAGACAAAGUCAGCUAGAGAAAUGAAACCAGACAAAGAGCUGGAAGACAUCAGAGAGAUACUUAUGGGAGUACCUGGCUUGCUGGUUCUUGACGAGGCACACACGCCUAGGAACCAGAGAAGCUGUAUAUGGAAAACACUGUCUAAAGUGGAGACACAGAAACGGAUCUUGCUCUCUGGAACUCCUUUCCAGAACAACUUCCAGGAGCUUUGCAAUGUUUUGGGACUUGCAAGGCCUAAGUAUCUAGAGAGACUCACGGCAACACUGAAGAAGAGUGGGAUGACUGUAACCAAAAGAGGGAAGAGAGCUUUGGGAGAUGAAAUCAACAACCGUGGGAUUGAGGAGCUUAAGGCUGUUAUGUUACCCUUUGUGCAUGUUCAUAAAGGAAGCAUUCUUCAGAAGAGCCUACCUGGUUUGAGAGAGUGUGUUGUGGUGUUGAACCCACCUGAUCUUCAGAGAAAAGUCCUGGAAUCAAUUGAAGUCACACAUAACCAGAAAACGAAGAAUGUGUUUGAGACAGAACACAAGCUCUCUCUGGUCUCAGUCCAUCCUUCACUUGUCUCUCACUGCAAAUUGACUGGGAAAGAAAAAAUGACUAUUAAUGAGACCUUGCUUGCACAGCUCAAGAAGGUGAGACUUGACCCAAACCAAAGUGUGAAAACAAGGUUCCUCAUGGAGUUUAUCAAGCUGUGCGUUGUGAUUAAGGAGAAGGUGCUUGUCUUCAGCCAAUACAUUGACCCGCUGAAACUGAUUAUGAAGCAUUUGGUGAACUGGUUCAAGUGGACUGAAGGGGAAGAAGUGUUGUACAUGCAUGGGAAGCUCGAGCAGAAGCAGAGACAGACCUUGAUCAACGAGUUCAAUGAUCCUAAAUCAAAGGCUAAAGUGUUGUUAGCUUCAACAAAGGCAUGCUCUGAAGGGAUCAAUCUUGUAGGAGCAUCAAGGGUGAUUCUUCUGGAUGUUGUGUGGAACCCUGCAGUGGAGAGACAAGCUAUAAGCCGUGCUUAUAGAAUCGGACAGAAGAGGAUUGUCUACACGUAUCACUUGGUUGCAAAGGGAACUCCUGAGGGGCCUAAGUAUUGUAAGCAAGCACAGAAGGAUAGGAUCUCAGAGCUGGUGUUUGCAUGUUCUUCAAGACCUGACAAGGGAAAGGAAAAGAUUGCUGAAGCUGUGACAGAGGACAAAGUGUUGGAUACUAUGGUUAAGCAUCUGAAGCUUGGGGAUAUGUUUGACAACCUCAUUGUCCAACCAAAGGAAGCUGAUCUAGUUGAAGGUUUCAGCAUACUUAUGCCAUGACUCCCAUCAUCAAACUCUUUCCUAUCAUAUAUAUUUCAUAUGCUAUUUGAUGUUAUAAGACUUGUUUAGGCUUUGCUUUGUUGAUUGAUCUCUUGUGAGACUUAUUUAUGUUUUGCUUCCAGUUUGCAUUGUCUGCUAUGAUCUUUGCGUUAUAUGGUAAAAUGGUUUAUAUUGCGGAGUUAGGAUGGGAUCGGACCGGUUAAUUAAACCGGCAUGUAUGAG